GUAAAUACACGAACAAACAUAUCUUACUUGGUUUUUGUGCGUAUCUUAAUGCACUUGAUUCUUUUCGCCUUACCAACCCAACUAUGUCAAUUCGGCCAAUUGACAAAAAAAGCAUUCAUAGAAUAUGUUCUGGUCAAGUUAUUACGGAUAUAGCGUCUGCUGUUAAGGAAUUGGUUGAGAACAGUUUAGACGCUGGCGCGACUAAUAUUGAGAUACGUUUCAAGCAUUACGGCCUCGACACAAUUGAAGUUGUUGACAAUGGCAAUGGCAUAUCCUCUGAUGAUCAUGCUUGUAUUGCAAAAAAGUACUACACUUCCAAACUCAAUGAGUUUGAGGAUUUGUCAAAGCUAGGCACUUUUGGUUUUCGCGGUGAAGCUUUAAGUAGCUUGUGCGCUCUUUCUGAUUUACAAGUAUCUACUGCUACAGCACAAGAAACGCCAAAGGGACAUUCCCUUACAUUUAAUCAUGAAGGGGAUCUUGUCAAACACGCUGUUGUUCCUUUUCAGAAAGGAACUAUGAUUACUGUUCAAAACAUAUUUUCAACACUUCCGGUUCGGAGAAAGCAUUUAGAGCGAAAUUACAAAAAGGAGUACUCAAAAGCACUGGUUCUACUGCAAAUGUAUGCAGUCGUAAGUGUAAAUAAACGCAUCCUUGUCUAUCAUCAACCUAAAGGAGGCGGACGGCAAUUGCAGCUUUCAAGCAAUAAAAAUCCCUCUAUGCUCAAAAACAUAAUGAAUGUGUUCGGUACGAAAGUAUCCUCUUCACUUACCGCUUGGAAUGACGAUUUCAUCAACGGUUACAUAUCACGGCCUCAAAUUGCGGGAAUAAAGUCCAGCAGUGAAGGUCAAAUGUUGUUUCUAAAUGGUCGGCCAAUAACACAUCCGAAAGUACAUCGAUUAAUAAUGGAAGUGUAUCGAUCAUUUAGUGUAAAUCAGUCCCCAUUUUUUGCGGUAAAUCUAGUACUGCCAGAAGACUAUUGCAAAAAGUUCGCGAUUCGUUACUCAUUAUGUGAUCAAACGGAGUAUUCCCUUUCACAAGCAAAGCCCUACACCCCUAAGGUUCUUCAGAAGCCUGAAUUUCUUCGCUCGUCACCACCGCUCCAAUCCGAUUCUUCUUUAAACAGUCCUCUUUUAGCAUUUGGAAAUAGUGAUACGUCUGUCUCCUCUGACAAGAAAAGGCUGCUAGACUCACAAAGUUUAGACGCAUUUGAAAGCGCAAUUGGCGAUUCCCCAUUAGCAAAAAAAUCGCGAACACUGCUCCCCGCAAUAAACGAGAAAGUUGAGGAACAAAUUAAGUCACCAGACGGCCCUGUUAUUUCUCAUGAUGAUAGACCGCUGAAGCUUGUACUACAAACUGAUCAGAAGGGCCCUCCACAACAGAAGGAGUCUGUGCAUGUAGCCUCAUUGCCAAUGACUUCUGCACUAGACCAGCAAGGUAAUCCUUCCACUGAGUUACUUGAUGAAAAUCCUACUCCUUUAAAAAGUCAAUCUUUAGAUAUCUUUUCCACACCAAAGUCUGCUGCCAGAAUCUCAAAAGUACAGACAUUACUGCCUUCUUUUUCAUUAUCGACAACUCACUCGAAUGCGCACCCGCCAGCUAAGUCAGCUUCUUUACAGAAAGUUCGUUUCCUUCAGGGAAAGUCUGGAGAUAUGCUCUUCAUGAAAACAACGUCAAAGACUGUAAAUUUAAGUGAACUGAAGGACAGAUUUCAAACUCUGAAGAAGUACAACUCUUUUACUUCCGCCGGCUCUGGUAAAGCGACCCUUGAUACGAUUCAUGAUAUCACAGACACACAUGCAGAAGAGCAUUUGGAUUUGAGUAUUCAUAAAUCCGAUUUUCUUUGCAUGCGCAUAAUCGGUCAAUUUAAUUGCGGUUUUAUAAUUGUCCGUCACGCACAGAACUUGUUUAUCAUUGAUCAGCAUGCUAGUGAUGAAAAGUAUAACUACGAAAAACUUAAGCGUAAUUGUGUUUUAUCGGCUCAAGAUCUGGUUGCGCCAAAACAGUUGAACCUUGCUGUAAACGAGGAAUUGGCUUUGCUGGAUCAUUUACCAAUAAUUGAGAAGAAGGGAUUUCGUGUUACAGUUGAUGAAACGGCUCCUAUAGGCAAAAGGUGCAAGCUUGUAUCUGUACCAAGCAGCAGCCACACUAUUUUCGAUGUUUCAGAUUUAUUAGAAAUGUUGGGCUUGCUUGUGGACCAUCCAGAGAUGGAGCCAAGCUCAAGUAAAAUUGAAAAGAUGCUUGCAAUGAAGGCAUGUCGACGCAGUAUUAUGGUUGGUCGUUCUCUAACUAUUUCGGAAAUGACUUCAGUUGUCAGACAUUUAGCUACACUGAGUAAGCCUUGGAAUUGUCCUCACGGAAGACCUACAAUGCGGCAUUUAUUGAGAUUACGAAAUCUUAAAGCUCACGACGCUUCUAAAACUGGUUAACCUCUUAUAUUUAUACUUUGUAUAUGCGAAUUUUUUCUAUUAUAUUUAUAAAUAAUAUUAUAUAUGCGAUAUUUAAGAUACUAUUUACAGCCUA